UUUUAAAAAAAGAAUUCACUUUUUUCUUCUCAUUUCACCAUGUUCCGCAUUCACACUGCGACCAAGGUCCUUCGGGUCGGAUGUGGGCGUGGUUUCCACAACACCGUUUCACAGUUUUUUGAUUCUGCCAUUAUUGGCUUGCAUGCGGAUGGUCAGCUCUUGAUCCCUCGUUCCAUUGCUUCUGAUGGCAAGGAGGCCCUUGCAGCACUAGUCAAGUCUGCAGGUGUGAAAGGCAAAGCAGGCGAGAGUCGUGUUCUGUAUGGCAAUUUCGGGUUGGGUUCUGAUAUUCAGAAAGUGGCCGUCGUAGGCUUGGGCAAACAAGGAACAAGUGCUGCUGCGAAGGACAGAGUUCGCAUGGCUGCUGCCACAGGAGUCAAGGCAUUAAAAGCACAGGAAGCAAAGGACAUUGGACUUGCUGGAAUGGGUCACGAUCAAGCAGCAGCAGAGGGCGCAUCAUUAGGAUUGUACAAUUUUAACUAUUUCAAAUCCGGUAAGAAGAGUGCUCCCAGCAACAUCAAGAUCUCAGCGCUUGAUCUCAAUAGUCAAAGUCCUGAUGAAAUCCGGGCAUUUCAAAAUGGAUUGAUUCAGGCUAAGGCUCAAAACUUGGCCAGGAUCUUGAUGGAAACCCCUAGUAACCAUAUGACGCCAACUCUCUUCGUCGAGAGAUUUCAAAAGGAGAUCGAGACCUUGGGUGCCGAUAGCGGUAUUGAUAUCACGAAACUUAAGAUUACAGUAAGGGAUCAAGCGUGGGCAGAGCAGAAUAAAAUGGGUGCUUUCUUGAGUGUGGCAAAAGGAAGUGAUGAGCCAUUGAGGUUUUUGGAGAUUGAGUAUCAAGGAGGCAAGAAGGAUGAUCGACCUUUAGCCCUUGUUGGAAAGGGUGUUACAUUUGAUUCUGGUGGAAUUUCAAUCAAGCCUUCAGCUAACAUGGGGAUGAUGAAGGGCGACAUGGGCGGCGCUGCUACAGUAGCAGGAGCUAUCUGGGGUAUUGCUGCGUUAAACCUCCCCAUCAAUGUUGUCGCUGGAAUCCCUCUCUGUGAAAACAUGCCCUCAGGUAGGGCUAACAAGCCUGGUGAUGUAGUGACCUCUAUGUCUGGCAAAACUAUUGAGGUUGACAAUACGGAUGCAGAAGGUCGUCUCAUCCUGGCCGAUGCACUCACCUACAUCUCCAAGACCUACAAGCCUCAUACACUAAUCGAUCUAGCCACAUUGACCGGAGCCAUGGAUGUAGCUCUUGGUAGCGCCUAUGCUGGAGUCUUCUCCACCAGUAAUUCGCUCUGGACAGAGCUAGAUGCUGCUGGCGAAGAGGCUCACGAAGCGUUCUGGAGGAUGCCUCUUCAUAGUAUCUACUUACCGCAGAUCACAACUAACACUAUUGCAGAUUUGAUAAACACCGGAGGCAGAAGUGCUGGCAGCUGCACUGCAGCCGUCUUCUUGAGAGAGUUUGUCCAUGGUAUUGAGAGGGACGAUGGCUUCGCAAAAGUUGAGGGUGAGCCUUCCACUGAGGUUGGAAAGCCUCUUGAUGGAGACGAAGAAGGAUCCACUCUUCCCGAGAGUUUAAAGCCCGGUAGUGUGCGAUAUGCACAUAUCGAUAUUGCUGGCGUCAUGGAUACACAGAGCAACAGUGGAUACUAUGCUAAGGGUAUGACGGGCCGUCCUGCGAGAGCUUUGAUUGAAUUCGCAAAGAUUACAUCCUCAUCCUCAUCCUCAUCAAAGUAAAGGGAAGCAGCUAAAUAAAUAAAUAAAUAAAAGUGACUUUCAAGAAUGGG